AUCAGAAGUUUAACGACGCGAUGUUUGAUAAACUUGUGCAAAGUACGACCACUUCAUGGCGCUACAACAUAACAUGACGCUAACAGGAGGAAGCGGAUGUUUGUCUUCCCCCUCCUUGCUGGCUUGACCCGCUUGUACCUCCGGAGUUUCGCAAACACGCAAUAUUGACUCGCCGUUAUCUGCAGAGGGGUUCUGGCUUCGCUUCAACUAUGUUGCUUUGGUUGGAAUUCAGCAGCUGCUGCAAAGAGAGCCCAGGCGCAGGCAAAGUGUGCCGUCAGAGCGACUCACGCCGUCAACACAAACCGACAAUCUGAGCUUAAAAUCGGAUAACCUGUAAUAAUUUUUCUGUGUUCGUCGUUUGAUGCUGAACACGCUUUGUCCCAUGGGUUUUUGGAUGAUCCCCCACAGCCAGGUCCACGUCUUGAGAUGAUCUAUUUUUGUGAUGGCGAAGGGUCUUUUUCCACGGGCCUGGGUGAAGAAGUCUUUCUACUUUCAGGCUCGGAUCUCCUUUGUGCGGGUGAACUACCUGUUCCUGACAUGGCUGACUGUGCUGGUGGGGAGCUGGGUGUUCUAUGUGCAAUACUCCGCCUACACAGAGCUGUGCAGAGGACACGAGUGCAAGAAUGCCAUUUGUGAUAAAUACAGGAGGGGGAUCAUCGAUGGGUCUGCUUGCAGUAGUCUGUGCGACAAGGAAACACUGUACAUGGGCAGGUGUCUGUCAACACUGCCAAACAACCAGGUAUACACAGGAAGCUGGGGAGACCACGAUGGGAUCAUCCACUGUAAGCUGGGGGAGGUUGUGCACUAUGAGCUGGGUGAGGAACCAGAGCCACGGAGGGAAACCCCAGUGUUUGACAAGCCUACGAGAGGCACCUCAGUGGAGAAGUUUAAAGAGAUGGUCUUUAAUCACCUCAAGUCCAAGCUUGGAGAACACGCAAACCUUGCUAGCCUCGUCAGCCAAAUCCUCUCUGUCGCCGAUGGCAACAGGGAUGGACGGGUGUCACUGCCAGAAGCCCGCUCUACAUGGGCCCUCCUGCAAAUGGAUGAGGUGCUGCUGGGUCUGCUGCUCCAGGACAGAGGACACACUCCUCGUCUCAUCGGCUACUGCGGGGAUCUCUACAUGACGGAGCGUGUUCCCUAUGGACCCCUGUACGGUUUAUCUCUGCCUUGGCCUCUUGUUUCUUGGGUUCCUAGUGGUUUGCAGCGCUCCAUGGACCAGUGGUUCACCCCCUCCUGGCCUCGCAAAGCUAAGAUCUCCAUGGGCCUGCUGGAGCUCGUGGAGGACAUCUUUCACGGCACCUACGGGAGCUUUCUGAUCUGCGACCUCACUGCGGCACACUUUGGUUACACUGACCGCCAUGAGCUCCGUCUGACUAACACCCAAGCAGUGGUUUCCGAGGAGGAGUUCAGGCGCACCAUGCGAGCACUGAAGUGCGAAACAGAUGCCGACUGCAUUUACGGGGCAGACUGCCACACAUCCUGCGAUUUGUCAGAGAGGCGAUGCAGGGAGGAGCCAUUCAGGCCAAACUUGGCGAAGGCUUGCGAAGCGCUGAAGGACUACCUCCUGCGGGGGGCGCCAUCAGAGAUGAGAGAGGAGCUCGAGAGGCAGCUGUAUGCCUGCAUGGCUCUCAAAGGUAAUGCUGGACAGAUGAACAUGGAGCACUCACUUAUCCUCAACAACCUGAAAGCCCUGCUGUGGAAACAGAUCUCACACACCAAGGACUCGUGACAAGGAGGGGAAGUCACUCUGAAGGAGGAAAUGGGUAUAAAAUAGGCUGUGAUGUAAGAGUAGCAAACUUACUAAAGUCAUUUUUAACUAACACUUAGGAACGGUCACACAUAUGGAUGAAUGGAUGAAGCUGGAGGCCGGAAAAACUUAUUUUAAAUGAUUAAAUGACUGCAUGUUACCGUCAGUCACGCUCAUAGAAACACACAUUGUGUAUUGUAUUGUUCACUACAGUGAAAUGUCAUGAAAGCACUGCUGGAAAAGAAAAUACUUGUAGUUUUUACUGAAAGUCUCAAAAGCCGAGAGACUGAAUUGCUGUUUUUGCCACAAAAAAUCAUGCUGAUGAGUGCGCACUACGCUGGUAAAAUAAUGAUUGUAAAAUCAAUGAACAUCAAUACCACAAUUUCAUAUUAAAACCUAGAACUUGAGGGAGUUUAGGAUAAGGGUGGACUUUUAACAAAGGACUUAAACAGACCUAAAAACCCAAACUGUGCUGUAGUGUCUAAACAAGAGUUUUCACAUAUUACUACUCAUUCGGUGGACGAUCAGCACUUCUAGAAACAUAACUAAAUCUACACAGAAGCAAAAAUAAAUCAUAGUUCUUAUGUGUGUUAUCACGAAAGAAUGUGUCACCAAGUGCAACAGUGCAUGCGUUUCAUAAAAUUGUCUAAAAGUCGGGACUAUACACCGGAUGUCCUUCCUGACGCAAUCCUACAGGGAUCUGUGUCGAUCUUUCACUCGUUAGCCAAAUGUGCAAAGCAUUAUACUGUGGAGCUACUAAUUGCAGUAGAGGAGAGCAGCGCAGAUGCUGUAAUUUUAUAUACCAGGUGUUUUAAAUGGGUGACAGGUCUUGAAUCCGUGCAGGUUAGUUCUAUGUAGCCAGCUGUUUAAAUGCACAUAGAAUGGAGUUUGGCGUCAUCUGAGAUAAGCAAGGCCUUUGUAGGGAAAACCUGGGAAUAAUGUUCAGCAUUAAUGGUGCCUUCACAGAUGUGCAGGUUACCCAUGCCAUUUGGAUUUAUACCCACAUACUAUCAUGCUGAUUUUACUUUUUUAAUAGUAUACUGAUAAUAAGUAGUACUGUACGAUUCAGUACUACCUCAGCAAGCUGUUGAACAGAGAUUUCUCUUGAUUCCCUCCAACCUUUAUUGUUUGUCUUAAAGAAGCUACUUUUGGAUUUUCCCUUAUUCACCGGGGCUCACCAUAGUGGGGCAGCACAAUUGAUUCAACAGGUUGUUUUUUUUUUAAAUGCAGGUUGCUGAUUUUGGUCCUCCAAACACAAUCUAAAGGUUUAGCGAUACAUUCCAAGUCUUGUCUUAGUGCUGGAUUUUUAAAAAAUGUCACUCAUCUGCAUGAUAGACUGAGACAGUAUCCUGUAUGGCCGAUGUGAAGGUAUCCACAGAAGUCUGGCUGUCUUAUCAAUGUGCAUCUCCCACUUGUGAAGUCACUGCUGCAUCACUGACCCACCCAAAAAACUAAUGUAUUUAAUUUGUGAAUGUUUGCCGUUUGUAUUUUCCAUUGAAAAGAGCAUUUGUGGUAACGUACGGCAUUAUUUAUGGAUUUUCACAUCACAGUGCCAUAGAGUUCAUGCUGGUCCUUUUUAUGAAUGUUUACAGUUUGUGCAAAAUAUAAAAUCUUGUGCUCACGUGUCAUGCUGUGCAAAAGGUUUUCCAUGACUUGUCACAUGUUACUGAAAUGAACUUACUACAGCUGGAUGUGUUAAGCCACUACAACGCAGAUCAGACUGCUGCUGAGUUUGGAAACUUUAAAAAAAAAAAAAAGUUUACUUAGAAAUGAAGAAAAA